GUCGGGGGCUGUGCGCUUUCACGUGGUUGAUUGAUAUCCAGGUACUCACCUGUUUAGCAGCGGACACCCGAGGGCGCUGCUGUAGCUGUAAGUGACAUAAAGGGAGCAAUACCCAUCAUGGAUCAGAAAAUGGUGCCCGUUGAGGAUAUUGUGGAGUAUCAGCUGUUCCUGGUAUCUCAGGAGCCGAGCGAUUCUGUGCAGCGGAAGCAAAUUCUCCAUCAGUACAUACAGCAGAUACUGGCCAAGUUUGCAUCUUUACUAGCCCCUUAUAUUUGGCAAAAACAACCAUUUAAUCUUCGGUACAAAGCUAACAAAGGUAACGUUCCGGCGCACAUUGGAGGAGUAACACAUUUUGGUGAUAACUUAGAUGAUGAGUGGUUUAUCGUCUUCCUUGUCCAGCAGAUUACCAAGGAGUUUCCGGAUUUAGCAGCCAGAGUGGAGGACAAUGAUGGAGAGUUUUUACUGAUUGAAGCUGCUGAUUUUAUUCCCAAAUGGCUGAAACCUGAAAAUAGCUCCAAUCGGGUUUUCUUUUUCCAUGGCAAGUUGUGUAUCGUCCCGCUGAGUCAAAACAGUAGGGAGUGUGACUCGGCUGCCAGUCUGACCGUAUCUCAAGCAUUGGAGCUGCUGUCUGCACAUCCAGACAAAUUCUUAUCUUCACAGUCUGUAGCUAAAGCUGUGGCCCGAAGAAUUAAUGGAUAUCCUGAUAAAAUAAAGGAUUCCCUGCACCGAGCUCACUGCUUUAUACCUGCUGCGGUUGCUGCUGUUCUGAAGGCCCGGCCAAAACUUAUCUCUGCUGCUGUGCAGGCAUUUUAUUUGCGAGAUCCUGUAGAUCUGAGAGCUUGUCGUACCUUCCAUCAUUUUCCUCCUGAAAUGCUGGUUCUCACGUCGGUCACGUUUACGAAGUGUCUGUAUGCCCAGCUCAUUCAGCAGAGGUUCCAUCCUGAUAGGCGCAGCGGAUAUGCUCUCCCUCCCCUCUCUCACCCCACGUACAAAGCACAUGAGCUAGGAAUGAAACUGGCUCAUGGAUUUGAGAUCCUGUGUUCCAGAUGCGGCAGGUCCCCGGCAGAAACUACGGGAAAUACCUUGCAGAGCCCUCUUUGGACUGGGUUUUUAAAUAACCUCAAGAAAAAUGAUUUCUUUAAGGGGGAGAUGGAAGGAUCUGCACAGUACUCAGAACUGCUGAAGGUUGCACAGAUUUAUUUUCAGCAAUCUGUAAUCAAACCAGAGAGUCCAGUGAUCUCAAGUCCUGGAGAGGAGGUGCUGAGUUUGCUAAAGACGCUGCCCCUCAACCUAGAGGCUAUGAAGAAAGAAGAGGCCGAUCUACCCCCUGAUGAAGAUGACAGCUGGCUGGACAUUUCCCCGGACAAACUGGAGCAGAUUUUACAAGAAGCCGCAGGUCCCAAGGAUUCUGUCCCAUCUUCCAGUGACGAGGAAAAGCGAUACGAUUUAUCUGAAGUAACUGAGAGCAUGAAGGCGUUUAUAUCCAAAGUCUCCUCCCAUGAGGGUGCUGAGGUGCCUAGGGUUCCACCAGAGACGCCAAUCACGUUUGAUGUGGAUUCAUUCACAAGCGCCUUGGAAAAAAUUCUUGGUCCGAGCCCAGAGGAGCUGGAUUCUGAUGAUCUGGAAUCUGAAGAAGAUUUUGAGUCAUUAGACAGUGAUGAGGGGCUAGCAACACCAUUUGGGGAGGACCCGUUGACAAGUCUGCGCUCAUAUAUGGAGGUUAUGGACCACGAGCUGGCGCAAACAAACAUUGGGAAGAGCUUCACAACAAAGAGGAAGACGAGCGAAGUCACUGCACCAGUUUCUGAUGACGCAGCUACAGAAGACAUGGGACUGACCUCUGUGGACAUGGAUCUGAACCUGGUGACAAAUAUCCUGGAGUCAUUUAGCUCCCAGGCAGGUUUGGCUGGACCUGCCUCUAACAUUUUGCAGAGUAUGGGGGUGCAUCUGCCAGACAACACUGACUCUGCUCUACAGUGAUCCCAUGGGCAGGAAUCCAUAGCGCAGCCUGACACCUUUUACAAUCAGUGUAACUAACCUCAUUGUCUCCUGAAUAGUUACAGCAGUCAAGAGCUGAUUGGUGGACACAGGCUUGCGGCAUUUUACCUGUUUUGUACGCAUCAUCUUACAAGUGGAAUGUUGGCGCAGUCCAGUGCAUGUGUUUGAUAUGGGAUGGAGAAGCACAAAAUCUGUCUCAACAAAUGUAUAAUGUGACUCUCCCAGGAUGGUCGCUUCCAGAUAAGGUUCUUUCCUAUAGAAAAUGUCUAUUACAUGAGGUCUGCACCUUUAACUCCGCCAGAGUUGUCGCCACAUUUGUAAAUAUUUGAUGCAUUUACCUAUUUCUAGCUGAUUAUUUGUACUGUGUGCGUGCUCAGGGGGUCACAUUUAUAUAAAUGGCAAUGCCAGCAGCUGAAUCUGUAUAAUGCGAGAAGCGCAACUUCCGAUAACGGCACAGUUGGUAUCUGUAACAGCCACUAGCUUUAUCUGAAACGUGAUCACCCAGAAUCACAGAUGCUUCUGUCCCUUUUCAGUGUCUUGCUAGAUAAAGAUGGAUUUGCCAACCUGACUCUCAAGAAUUAUUUUUGUAAGCAGAAUAUUUCAUCUUCUUUCGUUAUUCUGGAAUCCAAGAUUUUGUUUUGCUGCUCCUGUAUAUUUUAUUUGCUAGACCGUUGCCACUGCCUUGUUAAACGUGAGGCUGCUUGUUCUGCAAUACAGAUUUCUACCUUUCAUAUAUUUUGUAAUGUGUAAAACAAUAAAGACAUUUAGUAUUGUGGAUCAUUAAGUA